GGAUGCAGUCAGGUCCCAUCAUGGCGGCUGAAGAGGCGGAUGUGGAUGUUGAAGGGGACGUGGUGCCGGCGGCGGCACAGCCCGGAAGUGAUGAAAAUACACCAUCUACUUUACAACAAGAUUACUAUCUUGAUUCAUCGUGGAGAACUCAGAAUGGUCUUAUUCCUUGGACUCUGGAUAGCACCAUCAGUGAAGAGAACAGAGCUGUCAUUGAGAAAAUGUUGUUGGAAGAAGAGUAUUAUUUAUCUAAAAAAUCACUUCCAGAAAAAUUCUGGCUUGAUCAAAAGGAAGAUGAUAAAAAAUACAUGAAGAGUCUGCAGAAAACAGCAAAAGUCAUGGUACACUCUCCUACAAAACCAGCCAGUUACUCAGUAAAGUGGACGAUAGAAGAAAAAGAGCUGUUUGAACAAGGGCUGGCUAAAUUUGGCCGAAGGUGGACCAAAAUUGCAAAGCUAAUUGGAAGUCGCACUGUUUUACAAGUGAAGAGUUAUGCCAAACAGUACUUUAAAACUAAGGUAAAAUUAGAUGGUCUGGAGAAGGAAACAUCAGAUCAGAAGAACAGCAGUGAUCCUCAGAUUAAAAAUGAAGGUGGGGGCACAGAGGCAUGGACACCAUCAGGUUUAAGGGGACGUGCUGAUCCCAACUUGAAUGCUGUCAGAAUUGAAAAGUUAUCGGAUGAUGAAGAAGUAGACAUCACAGAUGAGGCAGAUGAGUUGACUUCUCAAGCUCUCCAGAAGAAUCCUAGCAGUGAUCUCUUACUUGACAUUCCUAAUAGUAAAAGUCAUGAAACCAGUCAAGAAGUCAUUGCUUCUGACAGCCAGGAAAACCCCAUUUUUAAAUCUUCCAAGGAAUAUUUUCAGAAUAUAAAGCAAGGUGAUAUGGAAACACUUUCAAGCUCAAGAAUUACAUUUUGGACUGAAAAACAGAGCACCAGUGACAAAAAAUCAGUUUUUGAAUUAAAUAAUCAGAAAUGUAAUAAACUGAUGAAGAACUGCGAUAAGCAUGAUGGAAAUGGAGAUGAUGCCAGGCAAUUGCCUUCUCCAGAGCCUUGUGAAGUUCAGAAAGAUUUGAGUGAGGAUGAAAUGCUUUUUCAUUCUUCCUGCCAAAUGGAGGAGGAGAGCCAUGAGGAAGAAGAGCUUAAGCCACCAGAACAAGAAGUAGAAAUAGAUAGAAAUAUCAUUCAAGAAGAAGAAAAACAAGCAAUUCCUGAGUUUUUUGAGGGGCGCCAAGCUAAAACACCAGAACGCUAUUUGAAAAUUAGGAAUUACAUUUUGGAUCAGUGGGAGCUGUGCAAACCGAAAUACUUAAAUAAGACCUCAGUACGUCCUGGCCUGAAGAACUGUGGGGAUGUAAAUUGUAUUGGACGGAUUCAUACAUACCUCGAGUUGAUAGGAGCAAUCAAUUUUGGAUGUGAACAGGCUGUAUAUAACAGGCCACAACCAGUUGAUAAAGUACGAGUCCGAGACAGAAAAGAGACAGUGGAAGCAUACCAGCUCGCCCAGCGUCUGCAGUCCAUGCGCACAAGGAGACGUAGGGUCCGAGAUCCAUGGGGAAAUUGGUGUAAUGCAAAAGACUUAGAAGGACAAACAUUUGAGCAUCUCUCUGCUGAGGAGUUGGCAAGAAGAAGAGAAGAGGGAAAAUGCAAACCUGUUAAAUCUUCAAAAGUGCCAAGGCCAACAAAAAGCUCAUUUGAUCCCUUCCAACUGAUACCUUGUAAUGUUUUCAGUGAGGAAAAGCAGGAGCGAUUUCUGGUCAAAGUGGCUACAGCAGCACUUUUAAUAAUGGAUUUGCAUGCUCAUGUUUCUAUGGCAGAAGUGAUUGGUCUGUUAGGAGGAAGAUACUCAGAAGUUGAUAAGAUAGUUGAAGUCUGUGCAGCAGAACCCUGUAACAGUCUGAGUACAGGACUACAGUGUGAGAUGGAUCCUGUCUCACAAACACAGGCCUCGGAAACCUUGGCUGUACGAGGCUAUAGUGUUAUUGGAUGGUAUCAUUCUCAUCCUGCCUUUGAUCCUAAUCCUUCCUUACGAGAUAUUGACACUCAAGCCAAAUAUCAGAGUUACUUCUCCAGAGGCGGUGCAAAGUUCAUUGGAAUGAUUGUUAGUCCUUAUAAUCGAAACAAUCCUUUACCUUAUUCCCAGAUUACCUGCCUGGUUAUAAGUGAUGAAAUUAGCCCAGAUGGCUCAUACCGUUUACCUUACAAAUUUGAAGUACAACAGAUGUUAGAGGAACCUCGGUGGGGAUUAGUGUUUGAAAAGACAAGAUGGAUAAUAGGAAAAUACAGGCUGUCCCACAGCAGCAGUGUCCCCAUGGAUAAAAUCUUUCGCCGGGAUUCUGACCUGACUUGUUUGCAGAAACUUUUGGAGUGUCUGAGGAAAACUCUGAGCAAAGUCACCAAUUGCUUCAUUGCUGAAGAAUUCUUGACUCAAAUAGAAAAUCUAUUCCUUUCCAAUUAUAAAAGCAAACAAGAGAAUGGAGUGGCUGAAGAGAACUGUACUGUGGGUCCAAAGGACUUAUUAAUGUAAUUAUUUUAAAGUAAGGCAUUUUAAUCUUGACACAGUAGAUCCUACUUUCAAAGUUAUAACCUUGAAAUUAUUGUAAUUUAGUUAACCAUGGCACGGCUUUGAUCUUUUUUCUCUAGUUCACAAAAUCUAAACUUUGCCAUGUAAAUCACGUGACAAGAAAGAGAUGUGUACUUGUUUUCCUAUAGUGAUGAUGAGAAUGUUGUGUAAAGCAGGG